GACAGAAGAGGACGAACCAAGGGGAGACUCGGAUGAAAGCACCUCCUUCGCUAUUUCUACUCGCACCGUAAAUAGAUGGUUAUUUAUGCGCAUAAAUGAAACUAUCCUAAAAGGUAGCACUGCGUCUUUUUUUUGGAUAACAUAGCGGGGAGCCACAUCCACGCCAGACUCACAUUUCCGGACAGAAACUUAGAUUUAAGCUAUACUGGACCUCAGUUUCCUGUAUUUUCGCUAUAAACACAAUUCCUGGUGUCCGAGUGUGUUUGGACGGUGGAAUUAUCUCCAUAUAGAAUAAAACGCCGACGGCUGGGACAGACAAACCCACCGGUGUCUACAACUGAAGCGGUUUCCUUAAAUUGCCAUAAUGGACUCCCACUGCCGCAAACUGGCCACCACCUGCGCGCAAAUAGAAAAAGAAAAGAACCAAAAUAAAAACGACGACUCUUCAGAUGACCCAAAAAAGAAGCGGCAGCGGCGGCAGAGGACUCACUUCACCAGCCAGCAGCUGCAGGAGCUCGAGGCCACUUUCCAGCGGAAUCGCUACCCGGACAUGAGCACGAGGGAGGAGAUAGCCGUGUGGACCAACCUCACAGAGGCCCGGGUCAGGGUUUGGUUCAAGAACCGGCGAGCCAAGUGGAGGAAACGGGAAAGAAACCAACAAGCCGAGCUCUGCAAAAGCGGCUUCGGCCCGCAGUUCAAUGGACUCAUGCAGCCCUACGAAGACAUGUACCCGAGCUACACGUACAACAACUGGGCCGCCAAGGGCCUCACGUCGGCGUCUUUAUCUACCAAAAGCUUCCCUUUCUUCAACUCCAUGAAUGUCAACCCCUUAUCCUCGCAGAACAUGUUCUCGCCGCCCAACUCCAUAUCCUCCAUGACUUCCAGCAUGGUUCCUUCGGCGGUGACCGGGGUGCCGGGCUCCAGCCUCAACAGCCUGAAUAACUUGAACAACCUCAGUAACCCGUCCCUCAACUCGGGGGUGCCCACCUCGGCGUGCCCCUACGCGCCUCCGACCCCCCCUUAUGUGUACAGGGACACUUGUAACUCCAGCCUGGCCAGCCUGAGACUGAAAGCCAAGCAGCACUCGAGUUUUGGAUACGUGCAGAAUCCGGCCGCUAAUCUGAGCGCCUGCCAGUACGCCGUGGACAGACCAGUCUAAUACCUACCUGCACAGCAAACAAUGACCCCCUUAGCAAGUCAUUAUAGGUGUAGUGACGCUAUAAGUGUUGUUUUUCUCUAAAGGGAGUCUGGCAGUGAGAUAAUUGUACUUUUUACACGUGUUUCAGGACAUUUCUUGAUUUUUUCUUGUUGGAUUGUGACUUGCAUUAUUCUCACUUUUUCCAUCAAGUUGUUGCCACUUGUUUCUUGAACAUCCCCACACUCCUUAAAGAAACAAGUGAGACUAUUCCAUCCGUUUAUUUUUUGGGGAAAGCAUUUGAUUUUUAGGGUGAUUACAAGACCUAUUGGUUUGUUAUGGGGGUCAUUUUUUGCAGUGUGUGGGUAAUCACAAACAGCCGGCCACAGGAACAAGAGACUACUACAACUACUUUUUCAUUUUUCAAAAAAGGGCACUAGAAGACUGAACCACUGAAACAAGUUAAACUCCAGGUCGGAGUCAAAACUGAAACGGGAGAUUUUAGGUUUAUUCCCCUUUGAUGAGUCCAGGCCUGCUUCAAACUGCACCACAGUAAACCAAAGGCCUGUUUUAUUCUUCAUAGCUCUUCGUAAGGGUUUUUUUUCUGGUGGAUUUUGGACGUUUAUUGUUGACUGAAAAGGUUGUAUAUAUAUUUGAAUUAUCAUCUCCUGUUUGUUGAAGCGAAUGCGCUAUAACCCUCCAGUCCUCUCCAGGUUCAAUUUAUCAACGCAUGUGAAAAAAAAAAAAAACCUAAAAAGGAAUCAUGUUUUGCUUGCAAACAAAAAGGGAAUGUACAUACUAAAACGCACCAGUUGUGUGUUUCUAACAUAUUAUAAAUUUAUUAUUAAUGUCUGUGUGAAUAUCGACUUAGAAUAGCAAUUCUGGAUAAAAAAAAAAAAAGAAGCAUCAAAAAUGUUCCUGCGACAAAUUAUUUGGUUUUUUGCUCUGUGUAUACUAUUUGGUACGGAAUUAUGUUUGUUUUUUUUCAACAUCCAAAAAAACUAUUGUGUUUUAUUUAAUGGAAGUAAAUAUAUUGUUCAAAAACAUUCUGAUGUUAUUGAAUCUUUGUGUUGGUAGUCUGUUAGUGGAGUGUAAAGCAAUGACAGUCUGUCUAUAGCCUUUCGAUUAUGUGAGGUGCUUGUGCGGCUAAUCUAUAGAGGAAAACAAUGGCCGCUCCAAUACACAUUGGCGAGAUGCUCCGUCAGAUUAACUGCUGAAUACAUGUCUGCCUGCCCGGCCAAGAUGGGCACUGGGGCUUGAAAUAACACGGGAAUCAACAAACAGGAGGGGGACCACACAAUGGCGACAACAGUCCAUUAGGGUUUGUUAUUUCUUCCAGUGUUUGAACUCAGGAGAGAUUGUAGUUCCCUUAAGGGGAUUAUUAUGGAAACGUUCACAAUA